AUGAACGCGGAUGAACCUAAACCGAUGAUCAGUGGUGAUGCAGUCAGUUUAGAAGAGAAAGUGAAACUUGCCUUAGAGGAGAACAUCAAUCUGAAAUCAUACAUUGAUCGUAUGAAUAAUGAAUGUAUGGAGUUGAAUGCCGCCUUAUUUGAAGAAGCCAAUAAAAUGGUAAAUGAUGCCUUAGCUAAACAACAUUAUGCUGCUAAACAGUUAAAGGAGAAAAUUCAAGAAAAUGAGAUCCUCCAGUCUGAAUUGAGAGCCUUGAAAAAAUUAGUCGGUGAAUUAUCAUCAAAUGUUGUACUUCAAAUGACAAGAAACUCUUUCGGUUCUUCAAGAUUAAAAUAUGACAAUAUCUCAUGUGAUAAAUCCCCUGAAGUCUAUCGUAAAUUGGCUAUCUCGAAUGUAUUAGACUCAAAACGGAAUAGUUUACGAUGCAAUGGAUUGGAGCAGUUUAAUCGACGUGAUCUGUUAACAGCUAUGCUGACAAAUCAUGCAUGCAAAAAUCAUUUGGAUGUUGAUGCCUAUCGAGAAUUUUUAGAAUGGAUAAAAAAUGACUGCCCAUUACACCUACCGAGUAUUGUUUUCGUCGAGUUGAAUAGAAAACUACCCGGUAAAAAGAAAGUUAUGAGAAAUACUGAAGAGGCAGCUAAUGGGAAGGAGGUCGUUACAACAGUCAAACGACAGUCUAGUCAAUCGUCACCACUCAAUAACAAUAAUAAUAAUAAUAGUAAUAAUGAUACUAAUGGUAAUGAUAUGGUGGAGAAGCAUUCAUCGCCUACAUCAAAAUUAUCAAAUAACUACAUUGAAGAUAAUAGCAUUGAUGAGAAGAGUAUCAACAGAAGCAAGCGUACACCUUCACCAAAUCAAUUAUUAUUAUCAUCUUCACCUACACGACGUCCUAUAAAAAUCAUCUCAGUUGGCAGACGACCACAUUCUAUUGAUCGAAAGUCAAAUGACAGGGAUGAUCAAAAUAAUUCACAUUUAUUUACAAUACCAAAAACUCCAACAACCCUUCAACCAUCCAUAUCUUUAAAUCAUUUAAAUAACAGUCAAUUGGCAAAUUAUCAUUCAAGCUUUUUAUAUCGUUUAUAUAAACAAGAUAUUAAGCCUUGCUUUGAUUUUACCAGUCCACAGCUACUCUUAUCAAUUUAUCGAGCUCUACCAGAAUUAGCCUUGGAGAUUGUACCGAUAACACCAGAGUUGGGUGGUGGUAGUCUACGCCGUAAAGCCAACAGCAAUGGUAAUGAUAACAACAGCAGUAAUACUCAUAAUAAUAAUAAUAAUAUUAGUAAAAGUACAAAACUUUGUCGAGAAAAUUGUGUACUACUACCAAAAUAUGAAGCAGAAUUUCAUAUGAAAAUAAGAACAUCUGAUUCCGAUGAAUUGGACUGUAAAAUAUCUUCACAAGCAAGAGACAGAAUCGUAUCAGUUGUAAAUUUAUUUCAAUAUUUAAGUAUUAUUAAACGUGGUCUAGCAAGUAGUCCAUAUCUUGGCAAGAAUAGAAAAUCUGUCUCUAAUACCAGUGAUAGCGUCAAUGAUAGCAAUGAUUCAACUUCAACAUUGAACAAAACAAAUGAGAUAAGUGAGGCAAUUUCAAAGAAAAGUGAAAUGAGAGAGCAACAAUUUCGUACAAUACAACGACACAGAUUAAAUAUCACUCUGGCUAGACUUGGCUAUGGUGCACCAGAUUUAGAAUAG